UCUUUUUCCACGAACAACAUAAGCUUCUAUGAGUGCGAUCAAUUGGCUAACAAUACUCCAGCACCAGUUUAUAUCAGCGAACUACUGCCCAAUAAGUAAAUGCUGCAUUAAGACAAAAGAGAACUCUGGUCAUCAGCAAGGACUCAGAGAGCCCAAGAUGUACUCAACACGCGAAGAGAGCAUUGUCACGACGUUCGUCUUUUUGCCGGUUACGACUGUUACCCCAUUUGAGUCCUACGAAUGGAUGCUCCGUGGUAUAGAUGUCAUGCAAAAAUGGUGGCCUAUCGGGCAAAUCGUUGUCGGAGUUUUUGGCAACGUGAUGUCACUUCUAGUGACGACGAGGAAAGACAAUAGGAAGAUUAGCACCUGCUGCUUCAUGUCGGGAUUAGCCUGCGUUGAUACCAUGGUUCUUCUAGUCGAUGCGUGCUAUCGAGUCGCUAUUUUCCAUGGCCUUGGCAAAGGCUUCGAAGAAAACUUCGCUUUUCUUAGCAUAGCGAAGUUCGCCGGCAAUGCGUUCGGUAUGACGUCGGGCCUUUUCCUCGCCGAGAUGAGCUUAGACCGAGCUAUAGCUGUCAGCCUCCCGAUGAAGGCCGCCUCUAUCUGCACCGCGUCAAGAGCAACCAAGGUCAUCUCUUUCACAUUCGUAGCCAUGAUGGUCUGUAACUUGCAGACGUUUUUCACUUACGAAAUCCCCGAUCCACCAAACGCCACUCUUAUCAGACACAUCCCAAAUGCGAGGUGGCUGGAACCAUUUUUGAAUAUAGGGUUAUUAAUUUUCGGUACCAUAAUACCAUUUUCGGUUUUGAUUGUCUGUAAUAUUGUCAUCAUCGUAAAGGUGAGGAUAGCGGCAUCAAAGAGGGGUAAAAUGGAGCAGAAAUCAUCGAAAUCAUCGGCUGAAAAUAGUAUGACAAUCAUGCUCGUGAUGACGUCAUUUGCAUAUCUAGUCUGUUCGUCGCCACUGCGGAUCUAUGAAACAUUACCAGUGUACAAUUUGAGCGAACCCUAUUGGGCUGCGCGGUAUUCAUUCGAAUUUUGGGUAUGUUUGGUGAUAUGGCAUCUUAAUUUUGUGGUGAAUUUCUACAUCUACUUCUUGUGUGGUGGUAAGAAAUUUCGCCAGGAUGCAAAGAAGGUCUUACUGAUCUGUUACAAUUAA